GAGCCAUGGCCGGUGGGGUGGACUUCCAGGAUGAGGAGCAGGUGAAGUCCUUUCUGGAGAACCUGGAAGUGGAAUGCAACUACCAGUGCUACCGCGAGAAGGACCCGGACGGUUGCUAUCGGCUGGUGGACUAUUUGGAAGGGAUCCAGAAGAAUUUUGACGAAGCUGCCAAAGUAUUGAAGUUCAACUGUGAAGAUAACAAGCACAGCGAUAGUUGCUACAAACUAGGAGCCUAUCAUGUGACUGGAAAAGGUGGAUUGACCCAGGACCUGAAAGCUGCUUUCAGAUACUUUUUGAUGGCAUGCGAAAAGCCUGGAAGGAGGUCUCUAGAAGCAUGUCACAAUGUUGGUCUCCUGGCACAUGAUGGACGGGUCAAUGAGGAUGGCCAGCCCAAUGCGGGGAAGGCCAGGGACUACUAUACAAGGGCCUGUGAUGGUGGCUAUGCCGCCAGCUGCUUCAACCUCAGUGCCAUGUUCCUGCAGGGUACCACUGGCUUUCCUAAAGACAUGGGCCUGGCCUGUAAAUACUCAAUGAAAGCCUGUGACCUGGGCCAUGUUUGGGCCUGCGCCAAUGCUAGCCGCAUGUACAAGCUGGGGGAUGGUGUCGACAAGGACGAGGCCAAGGCUGAGCUGCUGAAAAACAGGGCCCAGCAGCUACACAAAGAACAGCAAAAAAACAUCCAGCCCUUAACGUUUGGGUAAUAUGGCCCCUCUUCCCUCCCAGGCAACAAACAGCAUGAGACUUGGCACUGCCUGUUUUUGAGGCCUGAUACAGCCCUAUUUGAAUCAGUAGCACUGGUUCCAGAGAUCCAUUGCCCCAGAGUGUGGCUCACUGGGAUGCAGCCUGCAGUGUUUAUUUCAGUCCAUUCCUUUAUCUGGGUAUGUUCUGUGAAGACACCCAGAUCUUAAUUUUCAGACUCUUGGAACUCUGUGAAAAAAUAGGAGCAAACUAAGAGAGCUGUAGAGAUGAGGGUUGGGGGUAGAUAGCAGCAAACUGGAAAACAGCAGCCAUGGGGCCCGACAGCAUCAGCCAUUGUCAUUGUUGUCAUCAUCAUCAUCAGGGCUUGAAAAUCAGAAAGUACCUUGAUUUAGGUAAUAGAGGUCUUGAGCUAAAAACAGCUAAAUAGUCGUGACCACCACCUCUGACUUACACGAUGACUGAUGUAGGCUUGCUUUUUGCCUUAAGAGUCAGAUCUCUCAGUAAAUUCAUAGAAAUCAGGAAGGACUUACAACAUAAAGGUUAAAGGCUGUUAGGCUCAGGUUGCUACAGAGGAAACCUAAGCCUGCUUUCCUCUGGAAGAGACAUUCACAGCUGAAAAUUAGCAUCUCCAGUAUAGUUACCUGGCACUGCCCAUCAUGCUGAGGGAGCAGAUUAUCCCCAAGGCAACUUCAGCUAGGAUUGGUAAGCAAGGACUCUGUGACAUUCAUCCCCUGGAACUGAACGAUUUUAAUUGUCCCUGUGA